UUGUAUCGUAGCUUGAAACUAAUACUCCCUUUAGUAUUUGGACUUACUCUUCUAGGAAUAGCCAUGGUGUUCUCCUAUUUCUUUCUUUGUUCGUCAAGGAAGAAAAGGAAAGAAAUUUCAUUGAGCACUUUGGGGAACACUACUCUACAAGUGUCAUAUGCUGCUCUACUCAAAGCUACCGACGGGUUCUCAGAGGCUAAUUUAAUUGGUGCUGGUAGUUUUGGGUCUGUGUACAAAGGAGUUCUUGAUGAGGAUGACAAAUCUCAACUUGUUGCCGUGAAGGUGUUUAACUUGUUACGCCAUGGAGCUUUAAGGAGUUUCAUAGUCGAAUGUGAAGCUUUGAGAAAUAUUAGGCAUCGAAAUCUCGUCAAGAUUAUAACAAUGUGUUCAAGUGUUGAUUUUCAUGGUAAUGAUUUCAAGGCUCUAGUUUAUGAGUUCAUGGACAACGGGAGCUUAGAGGAGUGGCUGCAUCCACCUAUUGAAACUGAAGAGUUAAGAGACCAUGUACCCAAGAAGUUAAGUCUUCUUCAGAGGCUAGAAAUUGCCAUUGGUGUUGCUUGUGCACUGGAUUAUCUUCAUAAUCAUUGUAAAACUCCAGUAGUUCAUUGUGAUCUUAAGCCAAGCAACGUUCUCUUGGACAAUGAAUUGAUUGGCCAUGUUUCUGAUUUUGGAUUAGCAAGGUUUAUCUCACAAGUAACAAGUAAUGUUUCAGCAAUUCAGAGUCGGACAAGUUCUGUUGGAAUAAGAGGAACAGUUGGUUAUGCAGCUUCAGAGUAUGGCAUGAGGAGUGAGGUGUCAACGAAUGGUGAUGUCUACAGCUUUGGCAUUCUCUUGUUGGAGAUGUUUACACGGAAGAGACCCACUGACAACAUAUUUGGUGAUAGCUUGAACCUUCAUAAUUUUGUCAAGAUGGCUCUCCUCGGGCGAGUUACUGAGAUUGUAGACGCGCCACUUCUUCAAGGAGGCACAAACGAGAAUCCCAAUCAAUGCAACGCAAGAAUUCAUAAAGUUGAGGUGUGCUUGGGUUCAAUAUUUAGAAUUGGAAUUGCUUGUUCUGCUGAAUCCGCAACAGAUCGACUAAAGAAUAUCAAUGAUGCUGCAUCUGAACUUCAUUCCAUUAGGAAUACUUUUCUUGGAUAG